AUGGACAAUACUACCAAGCGGCCCCCGUCAAUAGAGUGGAGCGAGCUAUUUGCGCAAAACCCCUCCUAUGAGCCGACUACGUACAAGGCACUCGACAACCUCGCGUCGAAUGGCGACCUCGCUUUUCUGCAUGCCAAGUUCUGGAACGAGAUCCGUGAAUGGACCCGGAAUGACAUCACGGAUAUGUCGCGCAUCGUUCACCCAGAGCUUGCGGGACCCGGGAGCAUUUUUAUCGGGGGCAUGAACCAUGCGCUUAACGAAGAUAUUCUUGCGAAAAAUGAUAUCCAUGCGGUUAUUGCUAUUCAUCCCAAGGACUCACUUGCAUGGGACAAGAGCAACAUCACCUACGGGCUACAAAGGUUCUUCCCUGGCGAAAACGGCAUCACAAGCAGCGUCGUGAAGUACCCCCUCAUUAUUCCGCUAGAGGACAAUGCCAACUCAAAUCUGAUCGAUUACUUCGAUCAGACUAAUGCUUUUAUCAAGCGGCAUAGUGGCGAGGGGAGGAACAUCUUGAUUCACUGUAAAUCUGGGCGCUCACGCUCUGUCGCAGUGCUAAUCGCGUAUCUGCAGCAAAAGUUCUGCUCCGAGAAAGGUCUUGCAUCUCUGAAGGACAAGACUACGGCUAAAGAGAAGAUGCGGAUACAACGUGAGGAGAUCACAGAGGCGAUACGUACGCAACGCCUCCCUGUAGUCGUUAUAAUGGAACGAUUUGAUGAGCUGUUGGCGCGGUACGACCUCCAACUUAUCGGGGCUCCAGACUAUGAGAGCAAGAAUACGAAUGGACUUCCUGCUUCUGCGCUGGUGGAAUCUAAGAUUCUUGAGAGCAGCAAACAACCAGAGCUUGUAGCGAAAAAGGAGAGUAAGGUCGUACAGACAAAGGGUGGCGCGGCAGUGCUUAAGAUAUGUGUUGCUGCAGCUUUCUUUAAGAACAACCAGAAGCCUACGGAAGCCGUAGUGCAUCAAUUCUUCGAAGUUAACGAGGCCUACUUUUAUGAGCUAGAAGCAUUAGAGUACAAGGGUCGAUCAGCUUCAGCUGGCCUCACGUCGAGAGUACUGGCAAGAUGGACGAAAUCCGACCGCGGGGAAACAGCCCGCCUUACAUACACGAACAUGGCGCCGUCACAGUGGAGGCGCUCAAGGCGACUACAGAUGCACAAAUCUGUGGCUACUUUUCUGACAAUCCCGGUAAGCACCUGCGAAUAUGGCUGGGACACCGAGUCAGACCGGCUAACUGCUGCCAUUCACUACUGGAAAGACUACAAGGCAGGCUGCGGUUCACUAUCCACCUGCAGCACUCCCAGCGGCGGCAAGUCAUGGGGUUGUUGCGACGAGAAAAGCUGCUACAUCCCCGCUACAUGUGAGGAUGCUUCAGCUCCCGACUGUGGGGGCACUGCUGCCUCACUCUGCCCUUACUCUCCAAUCAUGAAAUGCACCUACGGAGCCUCGUCGCGGUGCCUCUACUUCAUUUACCAAACCGCUUCCGACGACAACUCCAAGCUUACGUCCUGGGGUUGCGGGGAAACGCCGACGACAUACAUCGUCGGACCGCUGCAAGCUGAGCAUACUGCUUCAGCGACGGCCCCAACGAAUGACGAAACAGAUUCAAGCUCCGGUCUUUCAAAGGACGCCACGAUUGCUCUUGCCGUUAUUCUCCCUGUUGUAGGGUUGGCGAUCCUUGUGGCUGCAGCCAUGCUGUUCAUCCGGCGGCGUAAGAAGAGAGAGCGCAACGCGAUUUCGGCGCCCGGUGAAGGAGCAAGAUCUGAGAUGGAGCAAACUACGGAAUAUGCGCCUGUCCCUGCAGUGCCACCGUACGAGAUGGGUGACAAUGGCUUGCGGCCCGAACUAGACAGCCAUGAAGUUCGUUAUGGGACUAAUUAA